UAUCUAGUUCCUAAUUCUUUGGAAAAUAAAAAGCUAUUGAUUUACUGCACUCAUAUCUGGUCCUCUUUUUGGCAUGUAGAAUUUAGCUUUUCUGUUCUUUAACUUCUCAGCAUUUUUUUAGUUCUUUUGCAUGGCCAUGUAGUCUCAUCACAGCAUCAUCCAAAAGCCUUUGCAUAUGUCAUGUUACACAUUUCAGUUUUAUUUGUAAAAUAGAUUGAAUGAGAAUGUUUUUACGUUAUAUCCAGUGCCGUGAUUGAUGAUGAUGAUGUUUAAUUUGCAUAUAUGGAGCUAUUCUAAUCAGAGACAGGCUGAUUCAAGUCAAUAGUCCAGGCAGUGUCUAUCCUCCCAACAUCUAUAAUCCUCUUCAUCAUGAAUUAAUAUUUUACUCUUCACCUGUAGUCGCUUUUAAGCUGCGAGGGCACUUUAACUUAACAGCUGUUUCCAAUGCAAAACUACUGCAUGCUCACUUGAGCUGAAAUUCUCAUGCUAUGUAGUUUGUAAGUGCUACAUGCAAACACCAAAGAGAAAUGACUGAUGAUAUACAGUAUAUAUAUAUAAUUCAUGUCCAUUGUCUUAAAGGGGCUAUAUGUAUGAAUUUGUACGUAAUAAUCACGUUCGGUCUCUUGCAGGAACAAUAAGUUGCUGCUGUAGUUCACUUAAUGGCCACCAGUGUCACUAAUAACAAGGGCUUCUGAAAUGUUCACAUACUGUAGCUCCUUUAGUUAAGUAGAAAAAUAGAAUUAUAAGUCUUUUUUCAUUCAAUAGUUUCUAAUGUAAGUCAUAAAAAAUAUCCAUACAAGUGCACAACACUGUCCUAUAUUGGCUUUGCUUGCUGCCCAUACUGAAACAUACACACGCCGAGGGAAGCCAGUCACAUGGCUUUAAUGGAAUGGUCAUUUAUUUCAUUACUCUUACACUAAAGGUCAAAUAGACCCCAGUGGCAUGAAUUUGCCUUUCAACAACAGUUGCUCGACUCCCAGCAUGCAUUAGUGUGAUUGCAUUAAGCUCUUUAAUAAUAUAAUAUGUAGCCUGUGCUAAAAUGUGUUUAGAUGGAUUUCAACAUCCAUACAUCCAGCAGAUAAUGUUCUUAAACUGUUGCAUUAUCAGUUAUAAUGUUUUGAUAUGAUUAUGCAUUUUAUUGAUAUGUAAUAUUGAUGGAUGAUUAUAUCAUACACAGGCUGCAUGUAUGAAUGCUAACAGCACAAUGCAGUGUUAUAAAAAUAUGUUCAAAAUCAAGCUUUUGUAGUUAGCCGUCUUUAUAAUUUGCCAGAGAUUUGCUGUUUGUGACUUAUUCAUUAGGUUUUAAUGUAAAUAAUCCACUGCACGGCAUGCUGCAUCGCAUAUUUGAUUUUGCACCAGCUUUGAACGUGUCACACAGUCAAUAUAUUCUUCACACUUUUGUAAAUGAUGUUUUCACAUUAAAUCGGACCGUGACUUUCAGAAUGGGAAGAGUGGAUUCACGCCGCUGCAUAUUGCCGCUCACUAUGGAAACGUGAAUGUGGCGACGCUGCUCCUCAAUCGCGGCGCCGCUGUGGACUUCACUGCACGGAAUGGGAUCACGCCACUACAUGUUGCAUCUAAAAGAGGAAAUGCUAAUAUGGUUCAUCUGCUGUUGGACAGAGGGGCUCAGAUUGAUGCCAAAACAAGGGAUGGCCUCACACCUUUACACUGCGCAGCAAGAAGUGGACAUGACACCGCAGUGGAGCUCUUAUUGGAGAGAGGAGCCCCUAUGCUGGCCAGAACCAAGAAUGGUUUGUCUCCACUCCACAUGGCAGCGCAGGGUGACCAUGUGGAGUGUGUCAAACACCUGCUGCAGCACAAGGCGCCCGUUGAUGAUGUCACACUGGACUACCUGACAGCCCUCCAUGUUGCCGCCCACUGUGGUCACUACAGAGUUACCAAACUCCUGCUGGACAAGAGAGCCAACCCGAACGCUCGAGCAUUGAAUGGUUUCACUCCUCUACACAUCGCCUGUAAGAAAAACAGAGUCAAGGUGAUGGAGCUCUUGAUCAAGUAUGGAGCUUUUAUUCAAGCCGUCACUGAGUCUGGUCUCACACCGAUCCAUGUGGCAGCCUUCAUGGGUCACCUCAACAUCGUUCUUCUGCUGCUGCAGAAUGGAGCUUCGCCUGAUGUCAGCAACAUACGUGGAGAGACCGCUUUACACAUGGCUGCCCGUGCUGGACAGAUGGAAGUUGUUCGCUGUCUUCUGAGGAAUGGAGCCAUGGUGGACGCUAGAGCAAGGGAGGAUCAGACACCGCUUCACAUCGCGUCUCGUCUGGGUAAGACAGAGAUCGUCCAGCUCCUGCUACAACACAUGGCUCAUCCAGAUGCAGCGACCACAAACGGUUACACUCCUCUUCACAUCGCUGCGCGCGAGGGACAUCUGGACGUUACUACAGUGUUGUUGGAGGCUGGUGCUUCCCACUCCUUAGCUACCAAGAAAGGGUUCACGCCUUUACAUGUGGCAUCAAAAUACGGCAGCCUGGACGUGGCGAAACUACUUCUGCAGCGACGUGCACCACCGGACUCUGCUGGGAAGAAAUACAUUGAGGCAAUGUUGACUGCAAGAGUCCUGCAGAACGGUCUCACUCCUCUACAUGUCGCUGCUCACUAUGAUAACCAGAAGGUGGCGCUCCUGCUUUUGGACAAAGGAGCAUCUCCCCAUGCCACAGCAAAGAAUGGAUACACUCCCCUUCAUAUCGCAGCGAAAAAGAAUCAGAUGGAAAUAGCCACCACACUCCUGCAGUAUGGAGCGGAGACCAACAUCCAGACCAAACAAGGGGUGAUGCCGCUGCAUCUGGCUUCGCAGGAGGGACACAGUGAGAUGGCAGCUCUGCUUCUGCAGCGAGGAGCUCACGUCAAUGUAACCACUAAGAGUGGACUCACAUCCCUUCAUCUUGCUGCCCAAGAAGACAAAGUCGGUGUUGGCGAGAUCUUAGUUAAAAAUGGUGCCAACCUCGACCAGCAAACCAAAUUGGGAUACACACCUCUUAUUGUCUCGUGUCACUAUGGAAAUGCUAAGAUGGUUAAUUUUCUAUUGACGAGCGGGGCAAGUGUCAAUGCUAAAACAAAGAAUGGUUAUACGCCUCUACACCAGGCUGCACAACAAGGCAACACACACUUAAUUAACGUCUUGCUCCAGUAUGGAGCCAAACCCAAUGCUGUCACUGUGAAUGGAAACACCGCUCUUGCCAUCGCACGUCGUCUUGGUUACAUUUCUGUGGUUGACACGCUGAAAGUAGUGACAGAAGAAAUUAUCACUACAACAACGACGGUGACAGAGAAACACAAGCUAAAUGUGCCAGAGACCAUGACGGAAGUGCUCGAAGUGUCUGAUGAAGAGGGUGAUGACACCAUGACAGGUGAUGGUGGAGAAUAUCUGAGAGCAGAGGAUCUGAGAGAGUUAGGAGACGACUCUCUACCUGGGCAGUACCUGGACGGCAUGAACUACCUGCGCUUCAGUUUAGAAGGAGGCCAAUCCGACAGUCGCUUACAAAGUCUGGACAGAUCCUACACACCCACUCAUCAAAGCUACUAUCCUGCAAAACAUUAUGGGAUGAUGGAGGAGAUGAUGUACAGUAACCAGGUGUCUUCUCUUGCAAGAGAAAAUGAACAGGACUCGUGCAGACUGAGCUGGGACAUGGAAAACUUGGACAACAUCGCACUUUCCUCAAGUCCUGCUCAUUCUGGCCGUUGUUCUCCAUGUCAUGACCAUGACAAUAGCAGUUUCUUGGUCAGCUUCAUGGUGGACGCCCGUGGAGGUGCCAUGCGAGGAUGUCGCCACAAUGGUCUGCGACUGCUCAUUCCGCCGCGGAAGUGCAGCGCCCCUACUCGAGUCACCUGUAGACUGGUCAAAAGGCACCGAUUGGCAACCAUGCCCCCCAUGGUAGAGGGAGACGGUCUAGCCAGCAGGCUGAUCGAGGUUGGACCCUCUGGAGCACAGUUCCUUGGUAAGCUCCACCUCCCUACUGCCCCGCCCCCUCUGAAUGAGGGCGAGAGUUUGGUUAGCCGCAUUCUGCAACUGGGCCCACCAGGGACAAAAUUUCUGGGGCCGGUGAUUGUGGAGAUCCCUCACUUUGCGGCUCUGAGAGGGAAGGAGCGGGAGCUGGUGAUCUUACGCAGUGAAACAGGAGAGAGCUGGAAGGAGCAUCAUUGUGAGUACACAGAAGAAGAGCUCAACCAGAUCCUCAACGGCAUGGACGAGGGACUGGACCCGCCAGAAGAGUUGGAGAGGAAGCGCAUCUGUCGCAUCAUCACUCGAGACUUUCCACAGUAUUUUGCUGUGGUGUCGCGAAUUAAGCAGGACAGUAAUCUCAUUGGUCCAGAAGGUGGAGUUCUGAGCAGCACAGUGGUUCCUCAAGUACAGGCCGUCUUCCCAGAGGGAGCGCUCACUAAACGCAUCCGGGUCGGCCUGCAGGCUCAACCCAUGAGUGUUGAUGUAGUGAGGAAGAAUUUGGGUAAUAAAGCCACAUUCAGCCCUAUAGUGACUCUGGAACCACGGAGGAGGAAAUUCCACAAACCCAUAACCAUGACCAUCCCUGUCCCGAAGAGCUCUGCUGACCCAGUCCUGGGCGGCUUCGGAGGUGGAGAUACUCCUACGUUACGUUUGCUAUGCAGCAUCACAGGUGGGACCACUCCGGCUCAAUGGGAGGAUAUCACUGGAACUACACCAUUAACAUUCACCAAUGACUGUGUGUCUUUCACCACAAAUGUGUCUGCCAGAUUCUGGCUGAUCGACUGCAGGCAAGUACAGGAGUCGGUGAACUUCGCCACUCAGGUGUAUCGUGAGAUCAUCUGUGUACCUUACAUGGCCAAAUUCGUCAUCUUUGCCAAAACGCAUGACCCUAUUGAGGCUCGACUGCGCUGUUUCUGUAUGACUGAUGAUAAAAUGGAUAAAACGUUGGAGCAGCAAGAGAACUUCACAGAAGUGGCACGUAGCCGAGACGUGGAGGUUUUAGAAGGAAAACCAAUAUAUGCAGACUGCUUUGGAAACCUGGUUCCCUUAACAAAAAGUGGCCAGCAUCAUGUCUUCAGCUUCUAUGCCUUUAAAGAGAACCGACUGGCUCUUUUCAUCAAAAUCCGAGACAACACUCAAGAGCCUUGCGGGCGUUUGUCCUUCACAAAAGAGCCGAGAUCUUACAGGACUUUGACUCAUGGUGCAAUAUGCAAUCUAAACAUCACCCUGCCAGCUUACUCAAAGGAAUCAGAUUCAGAACAAGAACCUGAUGAGGAGACGAGCCGAACGCUUGAGAAAUAUGAUGAAGACACUGAAACAACUGAAACAUCAUUCCUGAAAACACACUUGAUCCGAGACUCCCCGGCGCUUGCAAGUCCAGAUUUACUCUCUGAAGUGUCAGAGAUGAAACAAGACCUUAUCAAAAUGACUGCUAUUCUGACCACUGAUUCCUCAGAGAAAGCAGGUCCUAUGCAAGGGGAUUAUUUAGAUAAGGGGGUGGAGGAGGUGUCAGCAGAGCCUUUUGAGAUCAUGGAAAAAGUCAAAGAGGAUUUGGAGAAAGUUAGUGAAAUUCUGAGAAGUGGAACAUUUGACAAGGAAGAGUCUGCAAAAACAGAGAGUCGUCCAUAUAGGAAGGAUGAGGGGUGGGUUCUCCUAACAGAAAGUGAAAUUGAAGAAGCCAAAAUGAUGGCUGCUUUCGAAUCUCAAGAAUCGCUUCUAAAGGAAGUUAGAGUCAACAGAGGAUCACAGAGACCAAAGGGUGCUAGGGACAGGUCUGGCAUGGACACUGUUUCCACUGGUGAAGUUAAGGAAUACUUAUUGGAUGCACCUGAAUCAUCUAUGCCUGCAUCCCAAGAGACUCCAUCACAGCAAAGGUUCACUGAGGUUGUUCUGCGCAGAGGUGGUCGAAAAAUAGUCGCUACAGUGACAAAAGACUCUAAAGCCCAUACAACAGAAGUGAAAAAGCCAGUCAGGAGGAAAGGGCCUCAAGGACACACAGAAGAAACCCAAUCAUUUAGCACAAAAGAAAGUAACGUUAGUAAGAGUACCGAGAAGUCUUCCGAAGGGGAUGCCUUCCUACCUGUACCUGGAGACCAAAAAAAGUCUCCUGUAUCACCAGUGGUUGAGGAGACACCAAUUGGUUCCAUUAAAGAGAAAGUUAAAGCUCUUCAAAAGAAAGUGGAGGAAGAACAAAAAGGUCAUAAAAAACAGACAGGCCAAAAACCUCCAUAUAAAGCAACAGAAGGCAAAGCAUCUUCUGUUGUCAAAGACCAGAAAACAUCAGGCCUGAAAAAACAAACUUCUACACCCCAGAAACAGUCUCCUUCUAGGUCACCUAAGCCUGAGCCUGGAAGUCUAGAAGAAACCAUGUCUGUAAGAGAAUUAAUGAGAGCAUUUCAAACUGGCCAAGACCCCUCAAAAAGAAAGUCUGGGCUCUUUGAGCACAAAUCAUCUUCCAAAACAGAACACACAACAGUGAGUAAACCAGAGGCUAUACUCACAAAGUCACAAUGUCUUCCCCAAGCUAAAUCACAUGAAGAAGUGUCUCUUGACGUUUUAAAGCCUGAAGGUCACCAUGAAGAAAAAGAAGUCAAAAUUAGUCCACACGUAAAACACUCUAAAGACUUUGAAGAAGAUGCAAAAGCAAGUCAGAAGAGUGGUGAGGGUGUGGUUUCUGGAAUAGAGUCAGCAGGUCCCUCUACUCACUCAAGCACGACAACAACUGUUCCUCAAAGUUUAUCAAAACAUGGCAGAGAUCUUUUGCCUGAUAGUACAGAGAACAAUGCAUUUGAUGACAGCUCUGACAGUGUAAAACAUGAAGCAUUGAUCGACUCACCCAGUGCCAGUCUUGCUGAAGUGGAAGCCCCAUUGAGUUCUGAGGAAAGUUGCAAACAUGAGGGCAUGGCCGAAACUCCAGAAACAAGCCCUGAGAGCCUCUCAUUAUCACCAAAAAGCCCAGCUCAGUCUAUACUCUCAAAGUCCUCAAAAUCAGUAGCAGUCACCCCUAAGGUCAAGACAAGUAAAAUAUCUGUUUCCUUUUCUACUGAGAUGAUGACAACUAAUGAACAGGCAUCUGAGGCUGCAAUUCAUCAUCCAGCAUUGAGCAAAGCAGUGGAUGAGCCAACAAAAAGUGAGUCUAUGUCUAUUCCUCAUAGGAAUAGGGGGGUGAACUUUGAGGGUGAAAAAACUUCUGUUGACAUGGACAUUGUUUCUGUGUCAUCCAAGCCAUCUAAAUCUCGAAAACUAACUAAAAGAGCAUCUGAAACACUAGAGAGUUUUUUGAGUGAUGACGAAUCCUUUGAUGGUCAAGCAACACCAACCUCUGCUGACUUCCUGGCCUCAAGGGCAGCUACACAGGAUCAUGGUGGUUUAGUGCUGCCUCUUAGACACCAAGAUUCAGAGACCCUUAGUCCAGUAGCUGAUGACUCUUUUACCAUUAGCCACAAAGACUCUUUAGAGGGUAGUCCCUUGAUGGAAGACAACUCUUCCCAUAAAACCCCAGACUCUAUUGAACCUAGUCCAACAAAUGAAUCCCCUUGCCGUGACUCUUUAGAAAACAGUCCCGUAGAGAUGAAAACCAACCUGGCUUUUCCACCUACAGUAGAACAACCCAGUGUGACCACAGGGCCCCUGACAUCCUCCAAAGCCCCUGAAAUCCCCCCAGAGAGUUUGCGUAGUAGAAUGCUCAAAGAACAGGAGGGUAAUGCCGACGAUGACAGUUGUGAGCAGACGUCCCUGAUGACAAGUUCGGGUAAGAGUCCUCUCUCCCCUGACACACCAAGUUCUGAAGAGGUAAGUUAUGAGGUCAAUCCCAAAACCCCAGACCCCAUGGUCCUGAUUGUUCCCUUUAAGCCAUCAGUAAUCCCAGAGGAGACAGUAGAAGAUGAUGAGUUGAAGUGUGGCCUGACACAGAGGAAAAUUACUCCAGAGGAAGAGAUGUUUAAAAUGGCUGCCAAAAUAAAAACAUUUGAUGAAAUGGAACAAGAUGAAAAAGACAAAAAGGACAAUAGAAAAGAUAGUGAAUCUUCUCAGACAUCAGACAGCAUCAGACUGUUUGCGCUUACAGCCAAAUAUGAAACAUCCUCUGUGGAUGAUGUUGGGUUUACUGAACCCAACCAAGCAUCAGAGAUAGCACGGUCUGUUGAACCGAUCAUUAAAGUACAACCUCCCUCUCCUUUUCCAGCAGGUAUACGUAAGAGCCCCCAAACUGCUGAGGACAUUCAACAAACCAUGGCCCAAAGUGCAGCAUCUUCAGCUGAAUCAGCAAUGAGGAGACCUCAGUCUGUCUCAGAAAAGCAUACCAUAAAACCACACCUUCAAGAAUCUCAUAGUGAGAAAUUUAAGGACAAAGAAUAUGUUGAUUCAGAGUUAGUACAGUUGAAUAAAACUGCCUCUAACAGCAACAAUCUGGCUGCAAAUAUAACUGAUGAACAAAAAGAGCAAAGCUUAAAAAGAUCAAAAGGAAAUCAAGAAAUUUACAGUCAUGAAAAGCAGAACGAGGCAGCUAAUUACCAAAACGUUGAUUACACAUUGCCUAGUCAGGAAGAGUCUAAUGUAACAGAUGAGAUUAAAGGUGAUUACAUGAGGCAUACAGGGGCAUCUUAUGUUGAUAUUUGUAGUGGCAGCCUAGAUAUUGAUUCUAUUCCAAUUGUUAUUGGGCAAACAGGAGAAACAUUUAAACCAGAAAUAUGUAUUUAUGAUGACACAGAGGAAGAUGAUGCUGAGGAGGAACCUCCUAAGACUGAGUCUAGAGGAGUUACAGCAAAAGCAGAGACAGACACCUGGAAUUCAAUGCGAGAAGAUGAUGAUGCAUUUGCAGCAAGAGUCAAAGAGGAAGAGCAAAAGAUCUUGGGUCUGGUUGUAGAACGGCAUUCCCAAGGGGCGACUCCAGACACAACACCAGCAAGGACACCAACUGAGGAGGGUACACCAACAAGUGAACAAAAUCCUUUCCUCUUCCAAGAGGGAAAACUUUUUGAGAUGACAAGAAGUGGUGCGAUAGACAUGACAAAAAGGAGUUACGAGGAGGAAGGCUUUGCAUUUUACCAAAUAGAGCAACCUAUUGAAGAGGGCAUAGCUGAAGAAGGAGGGAGUGGACCUGGUAGGGCAGGGAAUGAGGAUGAGAAUGAGGUUGGUUGUAACCUCUCUUUGCAGAUAAAAGCAGAGGAGGAUAAUGACCUCUCUAAAGAGGCUGCAGAUUUAUCUGUACAUUCUCCUACUGAGGUUAAUCUGGCUGCAGCUACAAAGUCAGAUGUUUUAAAGUCUAAAACCCCCAUUACAUUGGGUGUUCCUGUAUCAACCAAAACCUCAGAGGAGGAUCAAAGAAUGCCAGAAACAGCAGAGAUUAAAUCAGACAAAGUAAUGAGUGAGGGACAGUUAAUAUCUGAUCCUGGUUACACUGAUACGGUCAUAGCCAAUGUUCAGACAGCAAUGUCAACUACUACUAGGUCAGUUCAUUCCCAACAGGACCAAGAGUUCUCAGAUUCCUCCCCAGAGGAUCAGCACUCAGUUAUAGAACAAACCAAAAUCAUAGAAAAGACAGAAUCUAAAAGUAAACUUGUCUCUAAAAGUUAUACUGCAACCUCUCAAACAUCUACGACUAGAAAAGAUAUGUCCACCUCCAAAGAGGAGGAGAAACCAAAAUCCCGAAUCCCUGUUAAGGCCAGCUCCCUCAGGUCUGAAAGUGUAGAACUUUCCAAGGAUAAGAAGUCGAAGUUGCCCAUAAAACCUCAAUCGAGGAGAAAAUCUGAGACAGACACAGGCCCACCCAUAACCUCAAGUUUAACAAAGUCUUCCAAAGCCAAGAGCUUCUGUGAAAGCGAUUCCACCAAGAAACCAACAAAAAAGGACCAGAGACGUCCAACAAGCACUGACCUAUCCAGCACAACUAAGACACUUCCUUCAAGACUACCAGUCAGGGGAAAGCCUGGUCAGCCAAUUCAAACUUCCACACCAGCAAAACAAAAAAAGUCCCGGCCCACUGACACAAACAAACAAUCUGUUGCAUUUUGUGAAGAGAUUAGUCAUGAGGCAGCUAAGGUAGUGGAGAGUUUGGCUCAGGCAGAGAAAGACAAACAGGGGGCUGCUGCCUUAUCUGAUGAUAAAAGCAUCACCAUCGAUGCCUCAGUAAUAGAGAGUGAACCUUUCCUUGACAUGCAAAUGCCUUUCCCUGAGGAUUCCUUGGUCAUUAGGCCCAGAUGGGACAACCCUGUUGAGACGCAGAUGGAACGAAUCCCUGCUGAUAAAGUCCGAAGUCAAGUAGAUCCACAGGAUGAGGCUGACAGGAAAGAAGCACGCCUGGCUGUAAUAGCAGACCACCUUGGUUUCAGCUGGUCAGAAUUGGCUCAAGAACUUGAAUUCAGUGAGAUACAGAUCAAACAGAUAAGAAAUGAGAAUCCAAAUUCUCUACAAGACCAAAGCCAUGCACUCAUAAGGCUAUGGAAAGAAAGAGAGGGCAAAAACACUGCAGCAGAGAACACUUUGAUGAAGACACUUACAAAAAUAAAUCGCAUGGACAUUGUGCAUCUCAUUGAAACAAAAAUCAUCCAGUCCAGUCAAGACCAGUCAUCACACACCUACGCCGAAAUUGAGCAAACCAUAUCAUUGGAUCAUAGUGAAGGUUUUUCAGCGCUUCAGGAGGAUAUGGACAGCCCCAGGCCGGGUCGCGCUGAGCAAAGAGGGUCAGAACCUGGGCCUCUGGUGGCAUCUGUUGAGGAUCUCUCCUGCAAUGUGUCUUCCCUCAUUGAUUCCCAGAAAGAGAGGUUGUUGACAGACAAAGAGAUGGGUUCAGAGGUGGUCAGGGCCCCAACACAUAGUUCUUUUGAUAUGGCUGGACUGCAGAAACAAUUUCCAGGCACUAUCAAACAAGGUGACGAGAUGCCCGAAAUCCCUCCUCAGACAGUGACAGAAGAGCAAUACACUGAUGAGUUUGGAAACAUGGUGGUCAAAAAGAUAACAAGGAAAGUCAUCCGUAAGUAUGUGUCCGCAGACGGAGUAGAGCGAGAGGAAGUGAUGUUGGAGGGACCGCAGCAGGAAGCUGUCGCUGUGGACGAGGCUGACGGUUUCUCUAAAGUUGUGAAGAGGACAGUGGUGAAGAGCGGGGGAGAUCAGACCGAGGUGACCUUCUCUGAACCUUCUUCUUACAUUGGUGCGACAGCUUCUGAGUUCGAAGAAGAGCCCGCCCAAGGUCGAAAGGUCAGCAAGGUCGUCAAAACCAUGGUAGUGCAAGGUGAACGGAUGGAAAAACUAAUCGGAGACCCUUCACUCUCAUCGGAUCUCCCGUCAGCCAAGGACGACUUUGAAAAGGCUUUGAGCUAUGUAGGAAGCUUUGGGAAAGUGCACCUGCCUCAUUUAGUUGAGAGAGAGACGGUGAAAGAGGAUGGAUCAGUGGUCAGAAGGACCCGCAUGCAUAAGACGCGCACCCAGAAACAAACGGUAGUGACGGACGGCCAAACCAAACAAACACACCUGGAACGGCUGGAGGACGCCCCGGACACCCUGCGACCCGACGACCUGCAGCGACACCUGCACCAGCUGCUUCAGCGCUACUGUACGCCCGAACCCACCGAAGACCCGGACGCGCCAGAGCAGGACAAACAAUAAACCGCCGCGGGCUUUACCACAGACUUCUGCAGGCCUUUCUACACGCAGAAUAAUUCUUCACCGGAUCCCAUUUUAUCCUUUAUUAUUUAUUAUUGCUCGAUCUUCUCAUUCAUGGCAAAUAAUGUAAACAUUUUAACUGCUCCAUGGCUGAAUGUCUUUCUUAUUUUCCUGACUGAAUUUAUUUUCUCAUUUUGUGACCAAAGAUAGUGUUUCCUUCUGAAUUGCGGAGUGAACUGUAUGAAAACAUAGAUGUUUUGUGUGUGUGAGUGUGUGUCAUUUUGGUUGCGGUGUUAUUGUAGAAGCAGAACUAAACAUAAAGAAGAGUCGGUUUGGACGCUGAGCUCAACAGACAUUUGUAAAUACUGGACUUAUACUCUUUUGUCUCCUGUAUCUGCUGUACAACUGCAUCGAUGGACUGCUGUAUAAUUAAAACAUCUCAGAUGACUCGCUUAAAAUCUCACUGCAGACCUGAUCAAAUAUCAUCUGAAUAUCUCUGGGCAUGUGAGUUUGUAACCACAGUUAACCAAGUGCAAGCAAUCAGAUAUCUGAAAUAACCGGCUAUGUAUUUAUACUGAGAUUUAAAAACAAAGAAUAAAUAUCAUGCUGUAGUCUUUCUUAAUCCCAGAACGCUUCUGAAUGGUUUUUAUUUAGAUUGAGAAUAUAUUCGGUGGAUGAAAUUGCUUGUUUUUUCAUCAAGAAUGCUGUCAUUAAACAUCCAGUUAUUCUGUCAUUUAUUUGUUUUGGUGUACGAGCCCUAACAUUGUGUGUGUGUGUGUGUGUGUGUGUGUUCUCAGAUCUCCUGUGUGACAAUACAGCAACAUCUGUGUUUAUUGGAAACUCACUAUAAUGGGUGAAUGAAUGAAUUUUUAAUUCCAUCCCAUUUUCCGUCUUGUCCCAUGUUUUAAAGUAUGGCUGAAUGUAUGAUUUGAAUCUGCUCGACUUGUAUCUCUACAGCAGAGCGGGAGGACGAGUGAUUCAACAUUUGGCAGUUUUGUUCAUACUCCCCUCUGCUGUUGCAACGAUGUAAAAUAAAAAAUGAAACGUUAA